CGCGGCGGUUCGGUAGCGGUUCGGAAACUGUUGGCUGGAUCUGCGUGUGAUAUUAGAUUUUAUUUCUGCGUUUGCAUUUCUAUUCUAAGUGUUUCUGUUGAGCUGAGUGAAUUAAACAUGGCUUUACGGAAGAUUUUUCGUGCUGUGAUUAUGGGUCCUCCGGGUUCGGGGAAGGGAACCGUGUCCUCUCGGAUCAGAGAAAGUUUCGGACUGCAGCAUCUCUCCAGCGGGGACAUGCUCCGGGCUAACAUCGAGGCUAAAAGCGAACUGGGUCUGCUAAUGAAGUCGUGUAUAGAUCAGGGUCAGCUGGUACCCGAUGACGUCAUCUCUCGCCUCAUCCUGGCCAGCCUCAGGGAGAUGGAUCACAGCAGCUGGCUCUUGGAUGGUUUCCCACGGACGGUGUCUCAGGCAGAGAGUUUGGACUCUGAAUUCACAGUGGACACAGUCGUCAACCUGGACGUGCCAUUCCAGACCAUUAAAGAGCGGCUCACUUCGCGCUGGGUGCACCUGCCGAGCGGGCGUGUCUACAACAUAGACUUCAACCCCCCCAAGAUUCCUGGUCUUGAUGAUAUCACAGGUGAACCGUUGACCCAGCGGGACGAUGACAUGCCUGAGACGGUGACCCGCAGACUGAAGGCUUAUGAAAACCAGACUGAACCAGUCCUGGAGUAUUACAGGAGUAAAGGAGUGCUGGCGACGUUUACUGGGACCGAAACCAACAAGAUCUGGCCUCACGUUCACACCUUCCUCUCCAAGAAAAUGACACAGAGCCGGAAGAUCAGAGGACAUGUUUAAUCACAGCACGUCACCUCGACUCUCCGAGCCCUAAAAACCGCCAGUGUGGUUUGACCAUAAAAACAGACUUACAUGACGUCCAACACUCAACGUACUGUUCACUGGAGGAGACGAAUGUACAAACUCAUGAAUGGACAGGACCCUAUCCCAGGAGUCUGGUCCUACAUACGGAUGUCUUUACAGUAUUGAGAAAAGUGUAAGGCUGAUCUUUUAUUAGUAUUGGGCUCCUGAUGCAAAUGUUUCCUGCUUCUCUAAAUACCCAAGGGAUUUGAUUUUAAUUGUAUUUUUUUUAGGAAUUACAGUAUUGUGAAUCACAUAAUAGUCUUAAUUGAGAACAAUGAUGCUGCAGGUUUGCAUUUCCAGCUUCACUCACUUCACUGCAUUGCCUUAACAUUUCCAGCUGUUGUGGAUUAAAUGUGGACUUCAGGUCUUUAAAGUAGUUAUGUUUUUAGUCAGGUUCUGUAGAUUAAAUUUUAGCUUGCAUU